AUGUCAUAUACAGAAUCUAAAAAAGAGGAUAAUUACUCCUUGUCAAGUCUCCAAAUCCAGGAAACCAAGACUCCAACUUCAACCACUACCACCACCAAAUCAUCACCAGUUUCAAGCUUCUUCAAAUCUUUCAAAUUAAAUAAGGACUUGGAAGUGGGAGGAGCAGAUAUCAUCACACCCGAAGACACAUUAAAGGAAUAUCAAGUUAAAUUAAUUGCGAUUGCAUCAUGUAUUGGUUCUGGUUUAUUUAUUAGUAGUGCUGCUGUAUUAUCAUCUGCUGGUCCAGCAGGUACUGUUAUUGGUUAUUGUAUAGUGGCGGUUUUGAUCUUCUUUGUAACACAAGCUUUGGGUGAAUUAACUAGUGCAUAUCCAGUUAGAGGAAAUUUUUUAAUUUAUAAUACAAGAUUUAUUGAUGAAUCUUGGGCUUUUGCCAUGAAUUGGAAUUACGCUUUACAAUGGAUUGUUACUAUUCCAUUAUCCUUAGUUUCCGCCUCGUUGACCAUUGGAUAUUGGAACGAAGAAAUCAAUGCUGCUGUUUGGGUUUCCAUGUUCUUUGUGCUUAUCUGUUGUAUUAAUAUUUUUGGUGUCAAAGGUUAUGGUUAUGGGGAAUCAUUUUUCUCAAUGGUCAAAGUGAUCGCUAUUGUCGGGUUCUGUAUACUUGCUAUUGUUCUUAUUUCUGGAGGAGGUGCUCAAGGGUAUAUUGGAGGAAGCAACUGGCAUCCCCCAUUUGCCAAUGGAUUCAGAGGUACUUGUAAUACUUUAGUUAAUGCUGCAUUCAGUUUUGCUGGUACUGAGUUGGUGGCAAUCGCUGCUGGUGAAUCCGCUAAUCCUCGUCGUGCAUUGAGUAAAGCUAUUAAGCAAGUUUUCUGGAGAAUUGCCAUCUUUUAUGUUUUGGCAGUCAUUAUGAUCUGUUUCUUGGUUCCUUUUAAUGAUCCAAGAUUGAUUGGUAACUCAGGUUCUUCCGCUUCUCCAUUUGUGAUUGCUAUUGCUAAUGGUGGUAUUAAAAUAUUACCAGAUAUCUUCAACGUUGUUAUUUUACUUGCUGUUUUAUCUGUAGCCAAUGCAUCAGUUUUCGCAACUUAUAAACCUUUGGUUGCAAUUGCUGAAGCGGGACAUGGACCAAAAUUCUUAGCCUAUGUCGAUCAAAAGGGAAGGCCAGUCUUUUCAAUUAUGAUUGCUUUAGGAUCCGGUUUACUUGGUUUCAUUGGUGCUUCUAAGAACCAAGAGACUGUAUUCCUUUGGUUGUUAGCCAUUAGUGGAUUAUCAUGUUUGUUUAUCUGGUUCUCGAUUUCUUUAGCCCAAAUUAGAGUUAAUUAUGCAUGCAAAGUCCAAGGAAUUUCUACAGAAACUGCUUUCAAGGCAAUUGGUGGUGAUUAUGGUGCUUACUUUUCCAUGUUUAUUGUCGUGUUGAUCUUGAUUGCGCAAUUUUACGUCGCAUUAUAUCCAAUUGGAGGUGAACCAUUACCGGCAUUAAACUUUUUCCAAGCAUACCUUGCAGCUCCAAUUGUGUUGGUAUCCUAUCUUGGACAUAAAAUUUGGACCAGAAAUUGGAGCCUUUAUAUUAAAGCUGAAGAUAUGGAUUUAGUUACUGGUAGAAAUGUCGUUGAUACCGAAUGGAUGAAGCAAGAAGCUAUUGAAGAAGCUGCAAGAUGGAAGACUAAGCCAUGGUACUACCGUUUCUUUAAUACUUGGUGCUGA